AUGGAAAAGUCUUACGGGCCGUUAACCAGGACUUGCUAUGAGAUGGAGAGGUACCUGAAAGAUGAACCUAAGCUACAAUCGUACAAAAAACUGCCCACAGAACUGGACACAGCGCCUUGGAACCUCUUCAGAGCGCCACCGAUCUCUUGGACGGCGACGACUUGCACCACAACCGCACAAUUUGAACCCCAAAUCAAAAUGGAGGUGACCGCAUCACCAGAUGACAGGGAUCCCCUGUGUUUGGAUGACAUCAAAUUCAGUCCUGGUGACCACAACCACAAUGGCCGAGACAGGGAUUUGCUUGAUCGUCAUCUCGAUUCCCUCUCUAUGUCAUCUGCUAGCUCAGCGUGCUCCGCGCUUUCAUGGGACGGCUCGCCGACCUUAUCAUGCCGGGCGCUUAUUUUGAAAAAGGAGCCCAAAUCGGGACAAGGUCAUUCAAAUUCCAGUAAUUCGUCGAGUGGCAGUUCCAUGUUAGAUGUACACAAUUUAAAUUUACAUGGGGCUGGCGGACGAAAUGCAAUCGUUAGGGUUACUGCAACAAAUGGGCAAGGCGUCGCCAGAUUAAUCUCCGUGACGGCAAAUGAUUUCCCAGUAGUUACAAAUACGCAACAUCAGCACACAGGUACAACAGCAGUUCCAACGACAGUAACAAGCAGGCAUCACCCCAGAAGUCACGAACACAGUCCCCAAGACACUAAACGUAGAAUACACAAAUGUACAUUUCCAGGAUGUAAAAAAGUUUAUACCAAGAGCUCGCAUCUGAAAGCACACCAGAGAACGCACACGGGUGAAAAACCAUACAAGUGCAGUUGGGAGGGAUGCGAAUGGCGAUUUGCGCGCUCGGACGAGCUGACCCGCCAUUACCGCAAGCACACAGGAGCCAAGCCCUUCAAAUGCCGACACUGUGAUCGUUGUUUCUCGCGCAGUGACCACCUGGCCCUUCAUAUGAAGAGACACGUCUAA